GGCGGAUCUGCCGUGACAGCAAUAUUUACAAACAUUCGAUUGUAAUGUGUUACACACGAUGCAUCCAGAAAUAUCUAUGGAGCAUGACUUUUCCAGUUAUUCUUUGGGGCCAUCAAAUUUGGCAUUGAAACGUAUUGAUACCGACCUGAAGGUUGCCCAAACGGUUAAUUCGUUUGAAAUUAAAUAUCACUUUCCUUUUUACGAAAAACAAAAAGGUUUUUAAUUGUCUAGCCCACUAUCCAGCUCUUUGCUUCCGUAUGUGAUGAUGGCUUUCUAGGAUAUCAGAUGACAUUGAGAAUCUGAGUAUCCAUAUUCAUGACUGUGUACUAUAAUCUCUAACUAUACGGAUUCCAUCGCAAUGGUCGUUGGUAUACCUGUUACUAAGUCAUUUGAUCCUAAUGUGAGCCAUCCUUACGUGUCCGCUGCGUUCAAAAGAAGAGACCCGAAUUUGUAUUUCUAUCUUCCCAUCGAGUGUCCAUCACUUAAAACAUGUACUGAUGGCACAUGUCCCCUUUCACAUACAAAGCUUGAGAUGAUGUUUCACCCUUUAGUUUACAAGACGCGGAAGUGCAAAAUGAUGAUGGAAGGGAUAUGCAAAUUCUCAGGUCAAUGCACUUUUUAUAACAACGAAUCUGAUAGGAUGGCUGCGCAACUUUUGUGGCUUAUUUGGGAGAAACGAUGGGAUCUAUGGCGGCAUAAUAUAGAGGCAGUGUUGAAUGCUCACAAUAAGCUUGUUGAGCCAGUUACAAGAAACCUCUCCAUGGUGAAAAACUAUAGGGGAAACAUGAAGCAAAUUAUGCACACCAUCAAUAGGAAAGGUAAUGGUAGGAAUCUUUUAGAUGGACGAUUGGAUGCUCUGUUACGUUUGCAGUUUUCAACAUCGUGCGGUGAGCCGGAAGCUGCAGAUAGCAUCGAUCUAUAUUGACUAAAGAUAGAAUUAUAUAACCCGCUGCUGCGCCUGAUCUACCUAUUAUGCUACCUUGAAACACUGAUGGAAUCUGACUAUUUAGUGAAGUAUUUGACCUCAUUUUGAUAGGCCCAACACAGGCUUCCCCGCAGGCGGAUCUGUAGUGGUUGUUCAUACCGUAUGAUUUGUGUAUGUGCCUGGAUUGCGCAUAUAUUGUAAACAGAUCCAUAUCAUAUAAUAGGAUAUCUGAGCAUCUGUUAUGUUUGCUGAAUCUGGAAUGUCUAUUACAACAAAAGGUUACAGAGGAGAUGGCAAUGUAGGUAUUACGCUAAUUUCCCAAUCAUGUAUCACAUCAAUUAGCUAUCUUACAACGGAACCAUCCAACGUUUCCCUACAUGUUGUUUAUUAAUGGAUACCAGCAUCUACUUUGAAAAUUGUUUUGCGUGUGCUUGUCUAUCCCUUUUGGAAGACACAUUGUCAGAAUACGCAUAUUACCAUUGUUAUAAUAUUCGAAGAAACAACGUAGAAGCGUUGCUUGCUUUCAUUGUUGUAACAUCUACUGAAAGUGCAACAUUGUUGUGUUGUGUGGGUUGGGAUUGAGUGUUUAUCGAUGAAACUGAUGAUUGCACCAAUACAGGAUUAAUUAAUGCCGUUAAUCCUUUACCAUAAGCCACACAUUUAUUAGUCACAGAAAAGUGUCACAACUUCUGUAGUACGACACUAUGCACUUAGUCGUACUUAAAUUCAGCCGUCAGCGUGCUAACACCUAAUAGACACUUGAUAUCAAACUAGCAUUUGUCUUCAUAAGAUUCUACUCAUUCAAGUAGCUUAGAGGCGAUAGUUGUUAAAUAGGAAGAUAUGUUUCAUUGAUAAUUUUGAAUUUGUCCACCUAGCUUUCCGAAUCCGGUAAAAAUAGUAAAUAGGGAUUGUUGAGUCGAUAUGAUGGCAUAUCAGCAGGAUUGCUUUGCAUGAAUGAGUUUGGUUACUGUGCUUCAGCUGUACAUGAAUCU